AUGGCUUUUGCCGAGCAAUUUGUCCCUGUUAACGCCUGCUUCCUCGUCAAGUGCGACAAGUGCGGCAAGACCACUUGGAAGGGCUGUGGCCAGCACGUCGAGCAGGUGAUGAAAGACGUGAAGGAGGAGGACCGCUGCACGUGCCCGCGUUGA